AUGCAAAAUAUCUCGGCCAUGGGUCCGCUUUUCUUGGUCGCCUUCGUCUACAUGGCUUGUGGACUCUUAUUCGGCGUGUUCAUCCGCGAAUUCUGCUAUGUCCCGCGGAACUUCUGGGCUGGGAUCCUGAUAGCAACGGCUAUGAGUAGCUGGACCAGCUUGCCCACAGCCGUGACCCGCAGCUCGGAGUAUCAUAUGUUUCGAAUUUUCAUUCUCGCGUACAACAUCGUUAUGUGGAUUUGCGGCGCCGCGAACACACUCGCGUGGGACUAUGCUCCAGAUGUACCUCAAGGUGACGCUGCAAACGUCCGUGCUAGCUGGCGCGAAAAGCCCAUAGCAGCUUUCUUCCUGCGUGUGCAGGCAAAAUUCCUCUCCCGACCGAACGACUCUCAUUGUGAGAAGGUUGGUAAUGACGAGGAAGGGGCCGACUUGGCAAGGGACAAGGGAUUGUCGGUCGUCUUGGGAAAGCAACUCGGAGAGAUGGAGAUAGACCCUGAGAUACAACUUCCAUGCAGGGCUUCGAGGUUAUCAGCCAAUUCUUUUCAGCCGAGACGGUCUGUUGAUCUUGGUACUCGGUCACGUGCUAGUUCAUCACGUCGAGCAUCGAACGCGUCGCAGCCUUCCUUGAAAGAGCUUUUGAACGUCACCGUGCAGAGACCGUUCAUCACAGACGAACAGGAACUUGAGCCGACUGCGGAGGAGGAGAAGCUUGGUCGUUUCGCAUCCCUCUUCCGCCUUUCUUGCGAAGAACCUUCAAAUCCCUUCUCGCUCAUUCCACAACUCAAAGCACUGUUCGUAGAAGUCGACGGUGGUCCAUACUAUCACGGUCCAGAUGGUAAUCCGCCGUUGACGUUCAUCAUCAAUACAGGCAAGCACCCCUUGUGUAUCGCCGACCUCUUCCUGAUCUAA